AAGGAGUGGUUUACCUCCCUGUUUACCUCCCAAAGGGUGAGCCGGGUCCACCCCUGACUUGUGAGUGGUGGAGAAGGUCACACCCCAAAACUGCAUGUGUGUUUAUAUAAGAUGAUGAGACUGGUCUGGAAGUCACAGACGAGGUACUGUCUAUCAGAACAGCAUCAGCACGGAGUCACCAUGGGGAACUGCUUCAAGUCUAUGGGCCCUCAGAAGAACACCAACAUCCGAGUCAGUCUGCCUGCAGUCUGCUUCGUCUGGCAGAUCGCCAUGAUCAUCCUGUUUGGGAUUUUCAUUCGAUACGACGAGGAAUCUGACGCACACUGGGUGGAGCACAAGAAGCACGAGAACCUCACGGACCAGGACAAUGACUUCUACUUCAGAUAUCCCAGCUUCCAGGAUGUUCACGUCAUGAUCUUCGUUGGCUUCGGUUUCCUCAUGACCUUCUUAAAACGCUACAGCUUUGGCGGCGUGGGGUUCAACUUCCUGAUUGCCGCCUUCGGCCUGCAGUGGGCUCUCCUCAUGCAGGGCUGGUUCCACUCCCUCGAUCCCACCACCGGGAAAAUCCUCAUUGGUGUUGAAAACAUAAUCAACGCUGAUUUCUGCUGCGCCGGCUCUCUGAUCGCCUUUGGGGCCAUUCUGGGGAAAGUGAGCCCCGUCCAGCUGAUGGUGGUCACCUUGUUUGGAGUCACGCUGUUUGCUGUGGAGGAAUACAUCAUCCUCAGCCUCCUGCACUGCAGAGAUGCUGGUGGCUCUAUGAUCAUUCACUGCUUUGGAGGCUACUAUGGUUUGGCCAUCUCCUGGGUGCUCUACAGACCAAACUUACACCAAAGUAAACGUCUCCACGGCUCCGUCUACCACUCAGAUGUGUUCGCAAUGAUUGGCACACUGUUUCUGUGGAUGUUCUGGCCCAGUUUUAACUCAGCCAUCUCAUACCACGGUGACGGCCAGCACAGGGCGGCCAUCAACACCUACCUCGCCCUCGCUGCCUCCGUUCUCACCGCCUUCGCCAUCUCCAGCUUGGCUCACGGGAAGGGCAAACUGGACAUGGUGCACAUCCAGAACGCCACGCUGGCUGGAGGAGUUGCGAUGGGAACGUCGGCAGAGUUCAUGAUCACGCCUUACGGUUCGCUCAUCGUGGGUUUCUGCAUGGGCAUCAUCUCCACCUUUGGAUACCUGUUCAUCACGCCGUUUUUGGAGAGGAAGCUGAAGCUCCAGGAUACAUGUGGGAUUCACAACCUGCACGCCGUGCCGGGGAUGCUCGGCGGCUUCAUAGGAGCCAUCGUUGCUGCAUUUGCUUCAAAAGAAGUUUACAGCGAGCAGGGGUUGAUAAAAGUAUUUGGCUUCGAAGGCGAGUAUGCACACAGAGGUGUGGGAACGCAGGGAGGAUAUCAAGCCGCUGGGACCUGCGUGUCGAUGGCGUUCGGGCUGAUUGGAGGAGCCAUUGUUGGUUUAAUCCUGAAGCUUCCUAUCUGGGGUGAUGCUGCUGACGACCACUGCUUCGAUGAUGAGGCCUACUGGGAGCUGCCUGAGGAUGAGGAUGAGGAUAUUCUUCCUCCUGUUCUGGAGUACAACAACCACAUGACACUUAAACAGCAAGACCUAGCCGAGUCAAACUUCACCAUAGAGGAAAGUUGCAGCUGCUCCACGUGAUCCGAGAAAGGAUCAAACCUCUCGUAAAGUUCUGAGUCUGAUGCAGCUAAAAGCAACUUUGGUUCAUAAAGGAGCUUCAAACAUGAUCAAAAAUUCUCUGAGCUUGGUUUCUGACACCUGAAACAUUUAAAGUUAAAGUUACAGAGAUUAUAUAAAAAAGACUUAAGUGAUUUAAACAAUUCUUUUUUUGUUCUGAUUGUUUUUAAUGUCAGGCAGGAUGUGUUUGUGUUCUAUACACUGAUUUUUGAUGCUCUGAGAGCCUCUAACUAUGUGCUUUUUAUAGUUUUUGAAUAUAAAAUGUUCUGCAUCGGUGUAAACAGGACCUAUUUUUUAAACUCCUUUGACAAGUUUUAAACAGUUAUGAUUUUUUUGUGUUUCUUUUGUUGCACUGCAUUGUAUAGCACAUGCAAAGAAAAAGAGAUGAAGAAAAUGAAGUAUUUGUUUUGUUGAAUGUUGCAUUUAAAUGAGAAGCAUCUGUUUCCAACAUGACUACCUGGUUUUUACAGUGGGUGUUUUUUGCUAAAUGACACAACUUUAGUUUUUUUAAUCAUAAUGUUGAAUGUUACCUGCAGCCAAAUGAAUGAAUGUCAAGUUUCCAACCCUUUAUUAGAAAAGUGUGACUGGCUUUUUAGUUAGAAAUCUCAAUGAGUUAUAUGUAAUUUAUUUAUUUAUGGUUGGAACAAGAAGCCCUCACAGUAAUUCAGUUGAUUAUUAAUAAAAUGUUUACUCGGCACUGUUCAGAACCUGAAGGCCUGAAGGAUUCUGUCUCUUCUGAUGAUAAAAACUUAAACUCUGAGGGUCGCUGCGCUCAGUGUGACUGUACAGUUGUUGUGUUUGAAUGUAAAAUGUGAUUGUUUUAUUCAGAUAUUUCUACCAGAUUUAAAAACAAUUUUAAUAGCACUGAACUGGAAUGCGAAAAACUAAAUAAAUAUAUGAACAAACCAAAAUAUUCUUGUUUUUAAGCUUAUGUUUUACUUAUCUAAAAGCAUUAUUGUCAAAUUUAAAUAAAAAGUCUAACAGCUAUAUGAAUAAAUAAGUGUAGCAUCAAGAGUAAGAAUACGUGAGCAUGAGUUUACAUACAUAAAAAAGUGAACAAUAGCUGUACUGUUUAAAUGUGCAUGAAGGGGGAAGCAGAUGAGUGCAGGUGUUGAUGUUCGUUGGGAUGCUAGGAUACAAAUAAAUAAGUAAAUAAAUCUUUAAGAGAAACUUAAGGUUAUUCAAACACUGCAAACUACAAAUGCUUUUUCUUCUAUUUCAUUAAGUUAAUCUUUUGUACAUUUAUAACAUUCUGCCCAAAUAAAAGAUGUUAAAGUAAAAUCAGUUUUUAUGUGGCUGCAGGGUUUUGCUUUCUGCGUGUGAUAAAGAACAAAACAGUUUGUGAUGCAGUUUUUUAAACUAAAUGAUCAGUACUCUUUCCUACAAAUCAUGACCCAGCAGAAUGUUUUUUUUCCAUCAAAUUCCAGAUGUUUUAAAGAUGAAAAACUUUG